UUCCACCGCUGCCUGAAAGGCGGGCUAGGCCCGGAUCACGUGACGCGCUCCAACUCCGGGCGGAAGCGCGCCUGGAACCGCUCGCCGAAAGAUGGCUGCUGCAGCAGCGGGGUGGACGGCGCCCGGGAGCGGGCUCUAGGGCCCGCGCCACCCCGUCCCGGUGCUCCUUACCAUGAGGCCAGUGAAUCGCCGCACCCUGGACUGGAUUUACUCCGUGUUGCUACUUGUGAUCGUCUUGCUCUCCUGGGGAUUCGUCAUCUAUGCAUCGACUGUAGCCGCACGCCGACAGCUACAGAAGGAGUUUCCAGACAAAUUCUUUGAAAUGAAUGAACUUUGGUAAUUCUCAGCAAACACAGUUCUUUUCCUCAGAGCACCUAUGUAGACUUAAAAGUAAAAUUCCCAACACAAAA